AUGGCUUCUCAGAACCCCGCUACCAAUGGAGCUGCCGCCAACAAUUUUACCGUCAAGGCUGGCCUUGCUCAGAUGCUGAAGGGUGGUGUUAUCAUGGACGUUGUCAAUGCAGAGCAGGCCCGUAUCGCCGAAGAGGCCGGUGCCGCUGCUGUUAUGGCCCUCGAACGAGUGCCCGCCGAUAUCCGCGCCCAGGGAGGCGUGGCCCGCAUGUCCGACCCCUCAAUGAUCAAGGAGAUCAUGGAAGCCGUCACAAUUCCCGUCAUGGCCAAGGCCCGUAUUGGACACUUUGUUGAAUGCCAGAUUCUCGAAGCCGUUGGCGUUGACUACAUUGAUGAAUCCGAAGUCCUUACCCCCGCCGAUAAUCUCUACCACGUCACAAAGCACAACUUCAAGGCUCCCUUCGUCUGCGGCUGCCGCAACCUUGGCGAGGCCCUUCGCCGCAUCUCCGAGGGCGCCGCUAUGAUCCGCACAAAGGGUGAGGCUGGUACCGGCGACGUCGUGGAGGCAGUGAAGCACAUGCGUACCGUCAACGCUGAAAUUGCCCGUGCUCGCGCUAUCCUCCAGUCCUCCGCUGACCCCGAGCCUGAGCUCCGUGCCUACGCCCGUGAGCUCGAGGCCCCCUACGAGCUCCUCCGCGACGUCGCCGAGAAGGGCCGUCUCCCCGUCGUCAACUUUGCUGCCGGUGGUGUUGCCACACCCGCCGAUGCCGCCCUGAUGAUGCAGCUUGGCUGCGACGGAGUCUUCGUCGGCUCAGGUAUCUUCAAGUCCGGCGAUGCUAAGAAGCGUGCCAAGGCUAUCGUCCAGGCCGUCACACACUUCAAGGACCCCAAGGUCCUAGCGGAGGUCUCCCAGGGUCUCGGUGAGGCCAUGGUUGGCAUCAACGUCUCGCAGAUGCAGGAGACCGACAAGCUGGCCAAGCGCGGCUGGUAA